AUGGCCGACGUCGCCAUCCGAUGGCUGUGCGGAACCGUCGCGCUGCUGACGGCCACCGCGGUCGUCGGCCGCCUGCCGCCCGUGGACGACAGCUGGCCGGUGGCGUAUCGCCGCGACGGGCCGACGGUGAUCGACGUGUGCCGGAUGACCGCCGUCGACUUGGCCCAACAGCCGUUCGCGCUGUCCGUGGUCGCGUUGGGACCGACGCCCGCCGGGUUCCUGAGAUCGGUGCACGGAAUGGUCGGCACGGCCGUACUGAUGCACGCGCCGGCGGCGGACCGCGGGCCGGACGAGGCGCGAGGUGCCGACAGCGGCGGCCGGACGGUGCUGGUGAUCGUCGACGGGCGGCCCGUGGACGAGGUGCUCGGACUGAUCGACGGCGGCGCGGUGGCGGCCGCGUGGGACCAAAAGUCGCACUACGUCGUGUGGCUGAUCCGGCAGGGCGUGAUCGUCCGGUCAGCGAUCAAGACGCUGUUCCAGACGGCCUGGCAAAAGAAGUGGGUGGCCAACGUGGUGGUGAUCGCGUACGCGGCCGCGUACACGUACAAUCCGUUCCGGGACUCGGUCACCGAGCGGCCGGCGGACGCGGCCGUGCUGCGCGCCGUCGCCCGUCUGAGGAUGACCGACCUGAACGGGCACCGGGUCCGCAUAUGCAUGUUCCCCACGCGGCUCAAGGCGGUCAAGCUGCCGGACGGCUCGUACGGCGGAAUGGACGGCAUCGUCGCGGCCACGCUGGCCAAGCACAUGAACUUCACGCCCGUCUACAGCGAGCCCAGCGACGGCGGCAAGUACGGCUGGGCCGAGGCCAACUCCGAGUACACCGGCCUGCUGGGCGAUUUGGUGUACAACAAGGUGGACAUGGCGUUCAACGGAGUCUUUCUCAACGCAUACGAAUCCAACAACACGAUCCAAUACACGACACCAGUGAUGUUCGAUGAGCUGUGUUUCGUCGUGCCCAAGGCGCAACAGAUGAGUCAGUGGCGCGCGAUAUUUACGGCGUUCGACGUUCGGCUUUGGUACUGUUUGGCCGGUUCGUUUGUCGUAGCUCUGAGCGCGUGGGUUCUCAUACGGCGCACGACAAAUACAUCGUACUCGCUCACACUUCUGGCCAUAAACUUGUUCAGAGUUUUCUUAAUGGUGCCGCUCAAUCGAGUGCCGAACAACAUUUCCGAACGUCUAAUGGUCGUGUCCACCGUUCUGUUUGGGUUUAUCAUGGCUACCAGUCUGCAAGCGGUCAUGGUCAAGUAUCUGAGCUAUCCGAAAUACGAACGGGACGUCGCCACCGUACAAGAACUGUACGACACCGGCAUGCCGGUACUUUCGGCUUCCAACAACCUCAUAUUGCUGUUCGUGUCCGACGAAAGACCGGUGUACGUGAAAAUGUCAGAUCGAUUUUCAAUCAUCAAUAAUAAGUCCCUGGACAUACUCGGCGUAGUGGCGAGCAAACGGACUUCGGCUGCUAUCGGCAGGAAAAACGAUCUAGUGGAAAAAAUCGCCAGCUCCUAUGUGGAAAACAACGAAGUGUUGUUGCACAUAGUGGACGAAUGUCCGCGGUCGUUCCACAUCGUCUACCUGGUCCGCAAAGACGUGCCGUUCAUACAAGUCGUGGACCGGAUAAUCACCACGUUCGUGGAAAGCGGCAUCGUCAACAGUUGGUUUGUGCACGCGAAACCGUUCCGGCCGAUAUCCGAUUACCAUCAUCGCAAAGACCCGCACAAAGUGUUCACUUUCAAGAACGUGGUGAUCGCGUUCAUGUGCCUCACGAUCGGGCUGACCGCGAGCGCAAUCGUUUUCGUCGCCGAACUCGUCUACUUCCACAAGUUUGCGGGUCCGGAAAACCCGCGCGCCAACACCACGGGCCGCCGCUACCCGAGGAACAAAAACGAUAUUUUCUACACGACGGCCGCUCGACGGUUUUGCUACGAUUGA